AUGGAGAAUGAGCUUGGCAGCCUCAUAUCUAUUCCUGAGGAUUUCCUCUCCGCCCUGGGCGCCACGCUUCCCGAGCUGAUCAAGUUCCACUUUCGAACAAUGUUCGAUAUUGUCGUGCGCAUCGAGUGCUUCACGGAGGAAGGCCUUUUGCGCCUCUUUCAGGGAUGCACGUGCCUUGAGGACCUCAUUUUGGAGUGUCCGCCGGCUCUGCCCGCCAUUCCCGCCGCCAUCAGCGCCCUCGCGCGCCUCACCCACCUGCACCUCGCGGCGCACGUGCACCGCCUCCUAGACGCCUUCACGUGCUUGCGCGCGCUACACACGUGCAAACUGCACUUGCUCGACCUGAAACAGCUACCUCCGGGCUUCGGCAGCUUGACGUGUCUCCUAUCCUUGCACCUCGAUGCGUGUCAAUCUCUCACUUCACUCCCGGAAUCGUUUUGGGAGCUUGCGAAUCUAGACCGCCUUUCCAUCAGUGGAUGCAGCAGGUUUCGCCCGCCAGGUUCCUUCCCUGCCCUGGCAUCGCUCAAGAAGUUGAAGGUGAAGCGUUGCGAAGCGCUCCCCCCGCUCCCAAGAGAUUUUGGGCAGCUUCAAGCGCUGGAAAGCCUGGUUAUGGAGGAGGUGGGUAGGAUCACAGGCCAUCCUGAAUCUGUGGGGCAAUUGCAGCGCCUGCACUCCCUUUCCAUCGACGACUGCCACGACCUCUUGUCGCUGACCACCUCCCUGCCCCACCUGUCAUCACUCACCCAUCUGCACCUCAACGCGCCCGACCUUUUGCUGCUGCCAGAUGGCAUCGGCCGCUCUUUACACCUCCGAGCAUUCAGCCUGUUAGCCAGCU